UUUCUCCUCAUAAACCCCCUUUUUGGGGGCACUGUGGAGAGACUGGGGGCACUUCCCCCUCCUCACUGGUCACCCCUGGGGCUGCUGCACCUUGCAGAGUGCUGAGCAGCUCCCUCCCAGUUCCCUGCCAGUAUCCCUCUUCCUGGCAAGCCCCGGCAGGGAUGGGGAGAGCGCUGGGCAGGAGCUGGGAGCACGAUUCCUUCCCAGGGCUCCUGAGAUCCCUCCCAGGGCUCCUUCUCGCUCACUGCCGCUGCUCCCACUCUCCCUCCCGGUUCCCUCCUGGCAUUCCCUGUGCUCCCAGUUCCCUCCCAGUGCUCCCGGGAUCUCUCCCAGUGCUCCCAGCGGCAAAGCCCCGGGGGCACAGCGUGGUCUCCUCUGGAAGAGGCGAGGCUCGAGCUGCCAGAGGGAAAACCCGGCUGGAAAAGCAUUCCCUGCAGAGGAAGGUGUCUCCCCUCUCUGCGCACAGAGGCAGCUCAGUCUCCGCUGGUGACUCCAAAGGCUCAAGCUCCGAGUGCGAGUGCCCGGAAUGGGCUCGGCCCCACUUCCCAGCGCCCUGCUCAGCCCUCGCACGGCUGAGGGGCAGCGCAGAUUAAAUCAUUCGUGCUCCGGGGCACUGCUUUAGCUCUGAGCUACACACUGUCACACGGAACAAAUCCCUGAACGGGGAUGGGUUUCUCCUGCUGGCACAGGAAGAGAAGGAGAAAUCUGUCAGGAAUAUUCUCCAUCAUUCUGCCCAGGCUUGGUCAAACGCUCCGGCUCCUGCACCUCGGGAAAUAACAAGUGGCCUCUAAGAAGUGACUGUGAUGUCAGUGAGCAGGUUAUUAUGGAUUAAUCUCGCACUGGAAAGCAGCCUGCACACCCUGCUGCUCUUUGCAUCACCCUGAGAGUUUGGAGGCUGCUGCCUGGCCAGCUCCUGAGUUGUAUCUCCCUUGUCAAUCUUAUCAGCUCCUUGUUUAAUUGUAAAAACAUCAAUAAAAUGCAGGGAGCAUUGGCCCAGGGUCUCAGGACUCACAUCUCUCUUCCAAAGAAAGGGAGAAAAGAGUGUUUCUCCCAAAGCACAGAGUUAAAAAGCUCAUGGGGAAAAGAGUGUUUCACCCAAACCAGAGAAAUAAAAAGAUCAUGUGUUCUACAUGUUUUUAAAAGGAAAAGAGGAAGAGUAAAAUCAAUUACUGUGGCAGUAGUUCUCCAGCCUACUUCUGUUUCCUUCUUUCACUUCUAGUAGGUUUAAGAUUACUUAAAAACAAACAAAACUGAAAGAACACUGAAUUCAAGCUGAAGGAGAAGCAGUCUGGCUGCAGGCUUGUGGCGCUCCACUGCCUCAGUUCCAGCAAGGGAGCUCAUCCCCUCUGCACUUCCAAGCCACAUCCCAAAGUCCUGAGCACCAGCUUUCAGCUGUUUGAGCACUGAACCGUCAGAAAAGCUGCUGGGCAGGGCCGUGCUCCAGGCACAUCUGGGGCAUUUCCUCUCUCCAGCUCUCUGAGCUCAGCUCGUGUCCUCUCCUCUCCUUGCUGGCUUUGGCUCCUGCAUUUCCCGAGGGGCUGGCCCUGCACGGAUCAGAGCAUGAUCUGACCAUCAGACAAACAGCUUCUGGCACCGUGGCUCUGUCCUGGAUGGACCAUUGCCCAAAGGAAUUCCAGUGCCUCCAUUUCACCCACUCCAGAUGGCUUUUCAAGGAACCUGGUUCAAUGCCCUCCAUCUCUAAAGAAGGAGGGCACAACGCUCCUGCACUCCCUGCCAGGGUCAUCCUUGGAGCCCUGCAGAAAGGCUUUAAAGCAGCACACAGCUUGUUCAGCGCCCACAACCUCAUCCAAAAUUCAAAUCCAUAGCAUGGGCAGAGCCUGAAAUUAAAACCGAUUUUAAAACUGAAUUCAAGAGCAGUUUAAUUGCCAAUUGACAAGAUGAGAAAGGUUUCCUUAGCAGUUGUUGAGAUGACAAAGGGAGAGGACAGAGCAUGGAGAGGGGGAAAGAAGGGGAAAACCUUCAUUUGCACAGUGGGAUUUUAACUGUCAUGAUCGCAUCUCAAGGAAUUGCAGAAACCGUUCUAAUCUCAAGAAAGGGAAAAGCUUCCAGGAUGUUUUUCAUUUCAGCCAGAGCCUAACGAAGCCCUCAGCAGCAGGAGAUUGGGAUAGCUGCAAGGCUGGAUUCUGGAGCAGAGGGAGCAGGGUGUGCUCCUGAAAGCCAGACCUUCACCCACAGCAGCCAGGAGGCAGAAAAACAAGGAUAUGAGAAAGCCUUCAAUGGGGAACGGGUUAUCAAGGGUUUUAUAAGGAAAGGACAAGGUCUGGGAAAGAGGACCUAAAAGGUGAGAGAGGAAAGAAAUAAGGAAGCAGCUGGGGCCUCUUCAGAUUCGAACAGAAAAGGGAAAAGAAGGGGGGAGAAGGGAGGAGGAAAGCAAAGGCUGGCACUGAAUUCUACCGCCGCCGGCACAGGCCUGUGGUCGCUGCCCGUGCACACGCAGCGCUCCCGGCACAGAGCGCGGCGCCGCCGCCGCCAUCGCGCCGCUCCUCCCCGGGGCGGAGCGCGGCCCCGGCGCGAUGGAGGCGCUGCGGCGGCCGGCGCUGCCCGAGGACGCGCUGCGCUCCCGCCUGUCGGCGGCGGCGGGCCCGGGCGGCGAGGCGCUGCUGCGGCGCUGCGCUGAGCUGGCCCUGGGCCGCUCCGCCCCGCUCCUGGCCGCCUGCGUGUGGCAGCGGCAGCCGCUCCGCCUGCGCUCCGUGCCGCGCCGCGGGGAGACCCCGGCGCACUUGGGCGGCACCACGGUGUUCGGGGAUAACGUGGAGGAUGAGUGGUUCAUCGUGUAUCUGCUCCGGGAGAUCAGCAGGGAGUUCCCGGGGCUGGCAGCCAGCAUUGAUGACAACGAUGGAGAGUUUCUCUUGAUAGAAGCAGCUGAUUUUCUCCCCAAGUGGCUGAAUGCUGAGAACAGUGAAAACAGGGUGUUCCUCUACAAAGGAGAGCUGCACAUCAUUCCGCCGCAGGAGCCUUCGGAGCAGGGCUGGGCCCCCUCUGCUCCCUGUCCCACGGUGCCACAGGUGCUGGCUCUGUUAUCCACCCGCCCCGAGGAGUUCCUGGCUGCAGAGCCCAUCCGAGCUGCGCUGGACAAACGCCUCCAUGGGUAUCCCGAGAAGAUCCAGGCCUCGCUGCACCGAGCCCGCUGCUUCCUCCCGGCCGGGAUCGCGGCCGUGCUGAGGCUGCGCCCGUCCCUGCUGGCUGCGGCAGUCCAGGCCUUCUACCUGCGGGAUCCGGGCGAGCUGAGGGCCUGCCGGCGCCCUUUCAGAACCUUCCCUGCCGAGCAGCGAGUGAUGGCCCUGGUGACGUUCACUCGGUGUUUAUAUGCCCAGCUGGUGCAGCAGCAGUUUGUCCCAGACAGACGCAGUGGAUACACCCUGCCCGCCCCAUCUCACCCUCAGUACAGAGCCCACGAGCUGGGCAUGAAGCUGGCUCAUGGCUUUGAAAUGUUGUGCUCCAAGAGCAGUAAAGUAGCUCCUGAUGCCAGGAGAAACGUGUUAAGCGGUCCUCUGUGGGAGAGAUUCCUCAGGAGCUUGAAGGAGAAGGAUUAUUUCAAGGGAGAAAUGGAAGGCUCAGCCAAGUACCUGGAACUGUUGCACAUGGCAGAAGAUCACUUCCAGCAAUGUGUUGCUGUGCCAGAAAGCUGUGAUGAAAUGAGCCCAGGUGAUGAAAUCCUGACACUACUAGAGACAACCCCCAUUGAUCUGAAGGAAUUUGAGAGAGAAGCAGCUUGUCUUCCUCCAGAGGAUGACGACAGCUGGCUGGAUAUUACACCAGAUGCUCUGGAUCAGGUGCUGAAGGAGGCAAGAAAUGAGUCCCUUCCUUCCACAGAUGAGGAAGAGCAAAACUAUGACUUGGAAACCGUUGCUGAGAGCAUGAAGGCUUUUGUGUCCAAAGUGUCCACGCACGAAGGAGCAGAAAUGCCGUGGUCAUCUGAUGAAUCCCAUGUUACCUUUGAUGUGGAUUCUUUCACAAAAGCCCUGGACAGAAUUUUAGGGGCAGACUCGGAGGAGCUGGAUUCUGAUGAUCUGGAUGAAGAGGAGGAGUUUGGCUUCUCAGAUGAGGAUGAUGAAGACCUGGAUGCUGGCAAUCAAAGGCAGGAGCAGAAGGUGCCUCCUGAGCAGCUGGUGGGCGGUCUCAAGGCGUACAUGAAGGAGAUGGACCGUGAGCUGGCCCAGACCAACGUUGGGAAAAGUUUCAGCGGUCACAGGAGAGGGGCAGGUUCUGUUGGAGCAGCCACAUCUGAGAGUGCUGGCCCUGAUUGUGGAGCUGAGGCUGCUGAGCUGGCCCCCGUGGAUGUGGACAUGAACCUGGUGGCAAACCUGCUCGAGUCCUACAGUGCCCAGGCUGGCCUGGCAGGACCCACCUCGAACAUUUUACAGAGCCUGGGGCUGGAUUUACCUGAGAGCACAGAGCUCACGGGCAGCUGAGCAACACAGGGAGAGCUCUGGGCAAGGCAUGGCUGGUGGGGAGAUGAGCACAGACACACGAGCAGCAUGUGGAAGGAGAGGCCAGAGGUUUUAAUUCAGAGCGUUCUGUUCAUUAUGUGUCACUUCAGCAGAGUGAAUUGACCUGCAGCAGCUUCUGUCUGGACACUGUCUUGGGUGGAAAUGAGAUUUUCCCAGUGCUGACACAGUUUCAGACAACUGAAAAAUAAUGUUGAAUGAAUGA